AUGCAUUUUGUUAUCUCCGAUUACAAGGAAGUGAUGCAUGUUACUUUGUUAUGCUUUAUGGUGCCUUAUUUGUCUGUGGCAUGGGGAGCUUUGAUAAAAGCUACAUGGGGAUGGACUAUUCCCAUUUCUGUUUUGAGAGGUCAAAUACUAAGAGAUAUACCUAUAUCUCUCAGGUCACAUUCCGCUACCUUUACCAUUACUAACAACUGUCCAUAUGUAAUAUGGCCGGCGCUUCUAACUAGCUCGGGACCUAUAGCUUCGACAACCGGCUUCGAGCUUCCGUCUCAAUCAACGUCAACCAUCGUUGCCCCGGCUCCAUGGUCGGGCCGUAUGUGGGCACGUUCAUAUUGUUCUGGUGGAAACGACUCCUUUAACUGCCAAACUGGAAAUUGUGGAUCGAAACAAAUACCAUGCAAUGGUUUAGGCGGGGAGCCACCAGCGAGCCUGAUUGAGUUCACACUCGCUGGGGGUGGAAAUUUGGACUUUUAUGAUGUUAGCUUGGUGGACGGGUUCAACCUUCCAGUGACAGUUACAGCUCGGGAUGGUUGCCCGUCCACGAGCUGCCCGGUUGACUUAAAUGCCUCGUGUCCCGAUGAGCUUGCGUUAAAGGACCCUUCUGGAGGAAAGGUCGGGUGCAAGAGUGCUUGUAUGGUUUAUGGUACCCCUGAAUAUUGUUGCAAUGGAGACCAUGCAACCCCUUCUACAUGUGGUCCAUCUAAGUAUUCAGAGUUUUUCAAGAACAAGUGCCCACAAGCUUAUAGUUAUGCGUACGAUGAUAAGACUAGCACAUUUACAUGUCCAACUGGGGGUGACUAUCGUAUUACGUUUUGCCCUUGA